AUGGCAGAAAGGUCUUCCAGAGAGCCUUUGCUCCCGGCUGAGGUCGCCUAUGCGCGCUGGGUCCGCCCCAACGGUAGCUACCCCAACAGGCGUCAGCCAUCAGUUGAGUUGAACAAUGACCUGCCGAGGUACGAGUCGUUUGUGCUCGCCAGCGGCGAGAACAAGGUGGAAAUGGAGAUUGACACUCGGAUCCCCUCCUCGGCCAUCUUCACUUUCAACAAAGAGGAUCACACUCUGGGAAACCUACUGAGCUCCCGCCUCCUGCAGAGCUCCCAUGUUCUCUUCGCUGCCUACAAGGUCCCUCAUCCAUUGGAUCCCAAGUUCUUGCUCCGCGUUCAGACCGACGGUGAGAUCACUCCCAAGGAUGCCGUGAUUGCAGCCUGCCACGAGCUGGUCCGUGAUCUGGGUAUUCUCUCCCGCGAAUUCACCAAGGAGUACGAACUGCAUUCCAUAAUCACAAAUGACUCCAACGUGUAUGGUUUUGUGGAUGUUCAGCAGCAGCAGCCUUCCUACUCGCAAUUCCCUCCUGGCCAGCAACAACAGCCACAGCCUACGGGCUUUGCUCCUCAGCCUACAGGAUACGCGCAGCCUCAAUUGUCGAGCUUUGGCUCUCAGCUGCAACCCCAGCCCACUGGGUUUCCAUCGGGACAGCUCCAACCCCAAUUCACCGGCUUCCCCGGUGCCGCGCCCCAGCAAUCGCAACAGCCUCAGCCCACGGGAUUCCAGCCUCAGCAACCCCAGUUCACCGGCUAUCCUCCCCAGAGUCAACCCCCGCAGCUUCAGGUGCCCGCGGCGACCGGCCUUCCGUUGAGACCAGCCCAGACGUCAUCCGAGAUCGCCAACUCGUUCCGUGAUGCAUCCGGUGCCGCUCCUCCGCCGCCGCCCAAGUCCUCCGGCAGCAAAAUCCCCAAUAUCCGUCUGUCCUUCAUCACGGCGCAAGACCAGGCCAAGUUUGAGCAAUUGUUCAAGUCGGCAGUUGGGGAUAGCCAAACCAUGAGCGGUGAUAAGGCGAGGGAACUUCUCCUACGGUCGAGGCUCUCGGGAAGCGACUUGUCGAAGAUUUGGGUACUGUCGGAUUCCACCAAGUCCGGUCAACUGUUCUUCCCGGAAUUCGCCCUGGCGAUGUAUCUUUGCAACCUGCGACUCACAGGCCGCGACUUGCCUGAUGCCCUCCCGGAAACGAUCAAGAACGAGGUCUCCAGCAUGGUGGACAUUAUUUCCUUCCAAGUCCCCGACACCCAGCCCGAGCCGGUUGUCCGAACGAAUGUCCCGAAUUUUGACGCGCCCCUAAUGGAGAACAAACUGGCUCCCCCCGCUCCUCAACAGCCGCAACCGCAACAACCGACCAAUUCCCAGCUUCUUAACCAGCUUACUGCCCAGCCAACUGGCUUCCUUUCCCAGCCGACAGGCCUCUCGCCCAACCAGGCUCCUUUCGGCCAGCAGUCGAACCUUGCGCCGCAACCCACUGGUCUUCCUGGUCAGCCUCAGCAACAGUCCCUACAACCGCAACCCACUGGGUUCAUGUCGAACCCUCAGCCAACUGGUUACAGUGGCCCCCGACCUCCUGUCCCCCCAAUUCCCACUGGAUAUGCGUCGAACCUCAGUCCUUCACAGACCGGAGGCAUGUCGGGUCUGGUUGCACAGCCGACCGGAAUCCCCGGCCAAUGGGGGUUUGUCAACGCUCCUUCUUCUGGAUUGCCCAACAUCGAGGCUCUUAAGCAGCAGCUAAUGCCCCAACCCGGCCGUGAGGGUGGGUUUUCAACAGCCGGCCUGGCCGGAAACGCUUCGAUCCCCUGGGCCAUCACCAAGGAAGAGAAGAAGAUCUAUGACGACCUCUUCCGGGCAUGGGAUGGUUUCCGCAAAGGCUUUAUUGGUGGCGAUACUGCCAUUGAAAUCAUGGGACAGAGUGGCUUGAACCGACAGGAUCUGGAGCGUAUCUGGACCUUGGCUGAUCCCAAUAACCGGGGACGCCUCAAUAUGGAUGAAUUUGCCGUGGCCAUGCACUUGAUCUACCGAAAGCUGAACGGAUACCCGGUUCCUAAUCGCCUGCCUCCGGAACUCAUUCCCCCAUCCACCCGCAAUUUGAACGACUCGAUCGGCACCAUCAAAUCAUUGCUAUCUCAGGAUGCAGAAUCCCGGAAAGCUACGGGCGCGUUCCUGCAACCCCAGAAGACUGGCGUGAGUUAUCUGAAGGAGCAUUCCUUCCGGGGCGGUGCAGUUUCACCCGGAGUUGGCCGCAAAGAUGCGACGUUAUUUAAGAAUGACGACCAAGCAGCUGCCGGAUAUCGCUCCAGUGCUCGUCGUCGUGUCGGCAACAAUGGUCGGACCCCGUCUCCUGCUGCCUCGUCGCAGGCCUCAGAGGAUGAGUUGUCGGUCGAGCAGUUGAAGAAAAAGAUCCGUGAGACCCAAAUCAUGCUGGACGCCGUCGAUUUCCAGGACGAAACCCGGGCGGAGGAAGAUGACGCGCUCGAUCGCCGAGACCGUCGGGAAGCAGAGAGCCUCAUGGAUCGGAUCCGACGUGUGCAGGACGAGAUCGACACUCAUCCAAAUGCUGCCUUCCGUAACCUUGACAACGGGGCGGAGCGGCGGUCUCUGCGUCGUCAGCUGCAGGCCUACGAGGACCAGGUCCCUCAGGUCGCUUCUGAAGUCCGUCGUGUCGAGCGAGAGAUCGCCGAGGCGAGACUCGAGUUGUUCCGUUUGAAGGAUGCCAAGGCCCAUCCUAACAGCGCUCUGAACAUCGUUGGGACUGGCCCUGGUGGCACAGUCACCGAGGCAGAUAGGAUCAAGGCUCGUGCCCGUGCCCGUAUGCAAGCUCGUGCAGCCGAGCUUGCUGGAAGACCGGCUCCUGCCACGCAGGAUGAUGAGGGAGCCGCCGCUCGUCGUCUUGAAUCUGAGAGCGCUAACGUCAAGGCUGAUCGAGAAAAGAACGAUGCUAUGACACGCGACGUCGAGGAUAGUGUGAAAGACUUCGCCCGGAGUCUGGAAGACAGCCUCAAGGAUGUAAGCGAGAACUCCACACGCGAACACGAGAAGCGCCGAUGGGAAGAUGCCCUGGGCGUGGAGGACGUGAUCCGCGAUUUCAUCUAUGACUUGAAGCGUAAUAGCCGGACUGCGCAUAUCCGCAAGGAAGAAGCGUCAAGAGCAUCGCCUUCUCAAUCGCAACAGUCACGCUACGACGAGCCGCCGGCCGUCCGACCUUCUCCGCCACCAUCCACGGGCUCUACAGGAUCAUUGCCCGGCACUACUCACGAAGAUCGUGUGGCCGCCGCGAAGGAACGCGCACAGAAGCGUAUCGCCGAGCGGCUGGCUGCCGCUGGACUUAAACCCCAUAGCGAGGCGUCCGAAACUCUCGUCCAACGCCAAGAGCGUGAGAAGAGGGAGCGCGAGGAACGGUUGAAACGUGCCGAGGAAGAAGACGCGUUGCGAGAACAGGAACGACAGCGCCGUCUGGCUGAAGAACGGGGCACUCCGGCCCAGCCCUCCACAAAGCCUAUUGGCAAGAAGCCACCUCCAGCACCACCUUCGCGGCGGGCUCGGACAGACAGUGCUGAUCAGUCCGAGGCCAAGAAGGCGGCGGAUGAAGCGGCCAAGGUGGAACAGACUGCCAGAGAGCAAGCCAUUCGCGAGGAGCAACAGGUGCAAGAAGAGGAGACGAAGCGCCUAGAAGACGAGGCUAGACAACGCGAGGAGGAGUUCAUGAAAGAAAAGGAGGCACAGGAGGCUCGCCUUCGUGCCCUCCAGGAACAAGUCCAGCAAGGCAAGAUUAAGAAACAAGAAGAGAAGCGUCGGAAGGAAGAAGCCGAGCGCCGCGCAAAGGAACAGGAAGCCAAACUCGCCGCCCAACGCGCAGAACUCGAAGCGGCCAAGGAACGCGAGCGGCAACUGCAGCGGGAGCUGGAGGCUAUGGAAGAGGAGAGUUCCUCUGACGACGAAGGUCCCGAAUUCGCGACGCCUCGGAAUGGCAGCCCUGCUCAGACCGAGGCUCCCACCGCCGAGGCGCCUCCUCCACCGCCCCCUGCCCCAGCUACUGCACCUCCUGUGCCUGCUAUUGCGGAACCCGAAGCGCCCACCAGCCCUGCGACCUCUCCGGCCAGCAGCCGCGCAAAUCUGAGUCCUGAGGCCGAAUCCAAGAACCCGUGGUUCAAGAAGAUUGGACAGCCUGCCGACAGCCAGCCAGCUCCUGUACCGCAAGCCGCCACCACUCCUUCUGAUACCCACUCAACGAACCCGUUCCAUCGCCUCGCACAGCAGCAAGAGAGCACCGCCCCUGCCUUCACCGGAUCCGCCCCGUUGGAGCGCAAGACUCGUGCUCGCCCUGAAGAUGACGAUGACUGGUCUGCUGCCGGAUCCGAAUUUGAUUCCUCGGAUGAUGAAGAUGAUCGAGCAGGCGGUGGUAGCGCGAAGCAGCUUGCAAGCAUCCUGUUUGGCACCAUGGCGCCCCCGCGCCCUCUGAGUGCUAUGGACGAUAAAUCUCCUUCAAAGACACCGACCCCGGUGCAGGAGACUCCGGCACCGGCACCUGAAGCGGACGCCGCACCCUCUGCUCCUGUCGCUGCUCCUCCGCCACCCCCGCCUCCCCCUGUGCCUGCGGCCGCGCCCAACGGUAGCGCCGGCGCUCCUCCUCCCCCUCCACCGCCGCCCGCACCUCCCAUGGCGCCCCCGCCGCCGCCUGCCGGAGUUCCUCCUCCGCCAGCGCCUCCUGCUGCCCCAGCUGGAGCCGCUGACCGGGGUGCUUUGCUGGCUUCGAUCCAGGCCGGUAAAGGACUUCGGAAGGUGCAGACCAACGACCGCAGUACGAGCUCUACUGCCGGUCGUGUCUUGGAUUAG